AUGAUUUUCGGUACGCAAAACAUACGCACAUUUGCACUGAUGUUCAUUGUGCUUGCUUAUUUAAUGUUCGGUGCAGCUGUAUUUGAUGCUCUCGAAUCAAAAGAAGAAGCGCGUAUUCGUGAUAAUCUCCGGACUAGAAUGGCUCGUAUCUUGUAUAAAAACGAUACCAUUCACAAUGAAACACUCUUUCAUAUGUUGACAACAACAAUCUUCGAACAUCGACAUGUACGUACAGGUACAGCAAAACAAUGGACGUUUCCUGGUGCUUUCUAUUUUUCCACCCUAGUUGUCACUUUGAUUGGUGAGUUGAACUUUGAAACUCGUAUGGAUUCACUUGAAUUGAUCUUCUUAGGUUAUGGACAUACAACUCCAAAAACAAUUGGUGGAAAGAUUUUUUGUAUGGUUUAUACAGUAGCUGGCGUACCCUUGAAUUUAAUCAUGUUUCAAUCUGUCGGUGAACGUUUGAAUGCUAUUAUUUCAUUUGUUUUAUCUCGUAUAAAACGUCUACUACGUCUUCGUCGCCAUAAAGUUUCGAGUUUCGAGCUAAUUGCUGUAGAAUUUGGUAUGACAACGAUGCUGAUACUCGGUGGCUCAUUCAUAUUUUGUAAACAAGAAAAGUGGACGUAUUUCGAAUCGAUCUACUAUUCGUUCGUUACUUUUUGGACAAUUGGAUUUGGUGAUUUUGUUCCAUUGGCCAAUAUGCAACGUACAGGCCAUUCACUUUACUCGCGUUGGGGUUAUUUUAUAUUCACUGUUUCGUUUAUUUUGUUCGGUUUAGCAAUAAUGGCUUCAUCGUUGAAUCUCUUAGUACUUCGUCUAGCUCAAUUUCAUUCGGAAAAUGGUACAGCUGGUAUAUCGGCAUUGCUUGGUCGAAAUGAAGAAGACCUCAUCGCAGCUGCUAUUGCUCAUCAUCGAGCGUCGAUUCAUAUACAACAGCGUAAUCGUAUAUACUCGAACAACAGUAUAAAACAACUAGAAAAGUCUCCUGAAACCUAUAAAUUUAUGCGAACAUACUCCUGGAACUCGGCGACAUCGUCAACAUCAUCCGCCGUAUCAUAUUCGCCAUCAAAAAUGACAAUUCAUUGUAAAAGAACUUCUAGCGAUCGAAUGGUUUGUUCCGGCUUGUCGUUGUUUCACAUUCAGAAACGCAGACGACGCUACUAUCAUUUACGUCGACCACCUCAAAACAUUAAACACUUACUUUAUCUCGAUCGUUUCCUGGACGAUCAUGAAGCACCCGCAACACAAAAAGCAUGGAACGAUCACCAUGCGAAUCACGUCCUUGGCAUAAACACACAGAUACACGAAAGAAUUUCCAUAUGA